CGUAUCUCUUUCCCAGCUCAUCCGCCUCAUCCAAGCAAGCAAAGCCGAAACAGAACAAGGAAAGAAACGCGCCCACGAGGAAUUCCGGCGUCCUCUUCCCGCAAGCCCUAGAAGCCAUGGUCCGUGGAGGCCGCAGGUGACCGGCGCCGGUAGCAAGAGGCGCCAGGAGGAGCGGUGGUGGUUGUUGAGGCGCGGCAAGAUGUCGGUGCGGAUAAAGGCGGUGGUGGACAGGUUCGUGAAGGAACUCAAGGAGGCGCUGGACGCGGACAUCCAGGACCGCGUCAUGAGGGAGCGCGAGAUGCAGAGCUACAUCGAGGAGCGCGAGCGCGAGGUCGCCGAGCGGGAGGCCGCGUGGAAGGCCGAGCUCUCUCGCCGCGAGGCUGAAAUUGCGCGGCAAGAGGCAAGACUGAAAAUGGAAAGGGAGAAUCUGGAGAAAGAAAAGAGUGUCCUGAUGGGAACUGCUUCGAAUCAGGAUAACCAAGACGGAGCCCUUGAGAUCACAGUCAGCGGUGAGAAGUAUAGGUGCCUGCGCUUCUCCAAGGCGAAGAAGUGAGGCACCGCUGCCUCCUUCCUGUUCCCAAAUAAUCAGGUGAUUGAACGCCACAUGAGAUGAUGCCUGCCUGCCUGCCGAUCGAGUGCAGUAACAUGAAUGGCUUCCAAUUAUCAUCACAGUAUAGGAGCCAUGUUAGGUCCAGCUUCUGAUUGCCAGCGUCGGUUCACUUCGAAAAAACAAUUAAGGAGAUUGCUUUUCUUUUCUCUUCCCUUCAGAACUCGGGGCUGGAGCUAUCUGUUCUGCCCCCAGUCGAUAAGUUUUUGUUUCCAAUUUUCUGUUCAAGAUUCAGUUGUGCUCCUAGAAUUUAAUUAUUUUCAUGUGACCUUGAUUA